UUACCUGCGGUCAACGCAUGCGCGCUUCGUGUCUUCGCGGCUAUUGGCUCGUUUAAAUUACGAACAUUGGAACCGGACCAAUAUCUUGUUCCGUUAAGUGUUUGUUCCUUGGUGUAUGUGACAUUGAAAUUAAACUUGUUACUGUGCUUAACUUUAAGUUGGAUUUCUCACGUUUUUGCGGUACAAAUAAGAACAGGCCAACCGUGCACCCGCUGACCUACAAGUACAGCCAACACCGGAACUAUUAUGCCUUAUACAUCGACCGAUAUCUAAUCCGAUGCACCUGACUCGAAUAAAGUACCGGAAAACCCGUUAAUUAUGUCGAUUCAUUAAAUACAUCAUGGAGGACGUAAGUAGUCGCCAUAACCUUGAAUACAUCCCGUCAAUGCCAACCAAAAUGAAACAAACAAGCAUGACUACUUUUACGCAAAUAACUGGAGAUGAUAUCAAGGUAAGAAUGAACGGAUUUAGUGAUAGAGCCGAUAUGGACUCUCUAAGUUCGAUGCACUCUCUUGUCCUUAAUUCUAAGACACCAUCUGCAACGGUAUUUGUUGCGGCGACCCAGUCAGAGCGACCGGAGAGCACGCUUUGCUCAGACGCACUCAAAACAAACGGUCCGCAUGUCGUCACUAUCAGAAUAAACACAGACGAUAAACCAAAAGCGCCGAAGAUAUCGAGCGUUCAUCUUAAAAGCGACUUUGACACGUUUAGGAUCAACGACGAUAAGAAAAAUAACAGUUUUGUCAGACUGAACGUAGAGGAAAAUUGUCCAAAAAUCCUUGAGGGCGAAGAACUGUGCAAGGUCGAUAGAGCGCCUUAUAUUUACUGUAAUCCGUACGUGAAUCCGAUGACUAACACGAUAAUGUCAAGCGGACAAUGUUCACCGAGCGACACUCUAGAUUCGGGGACAUGCAGUGACCUUGACGGCACACCGCCUCCAUUACCAAAAAAGAAAUCGUCGGCGAAGAAAGCAGUCUCUGUUACAGUCAUUAGCCCUGCGAGAAUUCAAGGCGAAUUAGAUUUUGAAGAUAACGACUCAAAUAUAUCGUGCGAUUCGCUAAACAGCAGCGAGCUAAAUGGGAGCGUGCAUGCUGAGGAAAGUCGCAGCGAAGAUGCGAGUAAAAAAGAAAAACAAUCGGCGGAUACUUCGACACAAGCGUUCGCUAAGGUGAACAAUAAAGACGGUGGCUUUCUACCGCUAGGUUUGCUGCAAGAUAUUAGAGAUCGCACAGCGAAACUCACGACAGUCGAUGCCGAAAGUGAUUCACAAAUCGAUCGAAGGGAAGUGCAUCAGAAUAUUAAUAUCGAUGUAUCGAAAGAAAGUGUUCAACUAACUUCGUUCCGGUUGGUUUCGCAGUUUAACAACGAAUUGAAGAAAACCACAGCGGAACCGAUGCAAACGAAUUUGAAGUCGCCGCUUAUCAGUGAAAGUACUUACGAAGAGAGAAAGAAAUUAGAUAAAAUGAAAGAAGAACAGAUAUGUUAUAGUAGUCAUUACUUUGAUACGGACAAGUUUUACGAUUUCCAUUUAAAUGAGAAGCAGUUUGAUGAGGUUUCUGUGAAAAGUGUCAGUGUUAAGAGUGAAAGUGAUGUGCCUGAGGUGGAAUAUUUUGCUGGUGUUAAGGACUUUAAGAGCGAAGAAGCGCCGUCGACUAUUCGUAGUUCCAAGGGUACAAUACGAGGGGUCAAAAAUCGUGUCCGCAAUGGUAUCGCAACCUUCCUUCAAAUGCAAGCCACAACCAAGAGUUACAAAGAAAAGGACGCCGGAAAGGUGGUGGUGUACACAACAACCAUGGGCAUAGUCAGAAGCACCUACCAGAGGUGUGUCCUCGUGAAGAAGAUUCUCAGGAACUUGCUGAUUAAGUACGAGGAGAGAGACAUCUUCAUGAGCACGGAGUACCAGGACGAGAUCAGAGACCGAAUGAAGAGCGAGCAGAUUCUCAUUCCACAGCUGUUUGUGGAUGGACAAUAUGUUGGGGAUGCAGACACGGUUGAGAAACUGAAUGAAUGCGGAGAGUUGCGCAAAAUGCUAAAACCUUAUAAGAGUCCAGACGCUUGCAAUACUUGUCAAGUUUGCGGUGGUUUUCGCCUGUUACCUUGUCGCAUCUGCAACGGAUCAAAGAAGAGUCUUCACAGAAACCAUUUCACCGCUGAAUUCGUGGCCUUAAAGUGUAUGAACUGCGAUGAAGUUGGUCUGGUUCGGUGUGAGGCAUGUUCUUGAAAAUUCGAUGUAAUCUAUAUCUUAAGAAGCGCUUAAAUUAAAUAUAAUAUUAGCUUAGCCUGGCCAAACUUCACUAUAGCUCAUUCUUGUACAUUGCGUAGAACACAUAUAUUAUUGUUGCAUGCAACGCCAUCUCUUAGCAACUUAUAGCAAAUUGUUUGCUUUAGAAAAUUUUAUUUUAAGUGAUUCCUAUUUUAAAUAGAAUGGAACUUUUAUUUCACGUGGGGGGAAAAUGUUCUAUUACUAACUUAACCAAUCUGAUGGACACAUGAGUAAAAGUGCUUUAUUUUAAUCCAUUGAAUUUUAUGUUUAUAUUUACUUAACGGUUUUCUUUUCAUUUUAUUUACAAUGUUUUUGAAAUACAUUUGAUUCAUGCAUAAUAAUAUAGAUAAUUAUUUUUUGAAUUAUUAUUCAGUUUCAUUUCGAUUCGCUGGUCCAAAACUCUUCAAUUCAAAAUAUAAGCCCUCAAGUUGAAGGAAUCACUGUCUCCUGAUAAACCAAUUUAAUACUUACAUAUUUCACCAACACUAUUAAAAAUAUUAAGUAUUUUACAACCUAAGAUUAAUCAAACUUUACUUCUGCGAGUCGAAAAUUUACCUACAAAACCUGCCUGAAAAAAAAAAAUCUAUAACACGAAUAUUUAGAACCUCUACUGUAGUAUUAACUAAUAUUGUUGUGAUGCAGCGCCAUCUAGUAGCUACGUGUAGCAACAUGCAUCCCUACUUCAGAAAAUAAUCACUAUGUACUGCUUGAUGACAAUAAUAAUAUUAUCUGUGCACCUCGUCGGAAUGCGUUGACUUCUGUUCGAAUGGGUUCCCCAUUUUGCACCAUUAAAUAUAUUAUAAGUAGUUCAUUAUUAAUUUUUAUGGUGAUUUUCUCACAUCGUACUUGAGCGUGGAUAUUACGUCAUCGACGCCAGGUGCACAGAUAUUAUUAUGAGCGGGUUAUAGAUGUACCUAUAACCUUGUAUAUAAAAUGCUAGUUUAUAUAUCAAAUCAAAUCAUCAGAAUGUUCAAAAGUUGAAGUACUAUAACGCCAUCUAGUAGCUAGUUAUGGCAAAAACCAAUCUGAUAGCAAAACGAAUCCAUCCAGAUUUGCGGCGACACGAAAGUAUUUUUUUCAAAACUGCGCAAAGCAUUAAAUUUUUGCGCUUACUAAAACUAUUUUUAAUAAGCGUAAAAUUUCACUAGAAGGUCUGUCGAACAUUUCGACAUUUUUCUUGUAUCGAGUAUGUUGGAAAAUCAUCAUCCAAAAAUGGAUCACUGUAAUUUUAACGUGAAAAUAGAAACUAGGGUGACCAUGAAAUGAAUACAUCCUUUUAAAUAAUUUAAACUGUUAAUGUAAUUAUACUACAAGAAACAUUCUAAAUAUUACAAUUAAAUUAAAUAUAUUAGUUAUAAUUACAAUAAUACGCAAAGUCAAUGCAAUACGGUAUGUACAUAGCUAAUAUUGAGAUUAAUAAAAUAUUUUCACGAGCUUCCACUUUUGAUUGAAGUACAAACCAAUUGUAUGAGUCAGAAAAGUUUGAAAGGUGCUUGCUAAUAAAGGGUUGUCUAAAAGCCUUAAAUCCAGCCAUAAGACUACCUUUUGUAUACAUGGUAUUUUAUUAUCUUUAGGUAUGUUCAAUAGGAAACUACUCUUAAUCGAUUUUGUUAUUUAGGUUUGUUGUAAAUAGGCAUUAUUAGUGAAUGAAGUACAUCCAUUGUUAAUGGUAUAGCAAUGAAUGUAUUACUUAGAAUAUAUACUAUGAAAUCACAAAUGCUUUGAAGUUCUAGGAAAGCACCGUUUAAUAGGUACCUACGGUAAUUAAUGCAAUAUUCAGUUGAAAUUAUAUUGCUAUUCAAAUCAAAACAAGAACGAUAAAGGUCAUAGGGAAGUAGAUCGAUAUUAUUGUAAGUUAUAAUGUUUAAGCUGAGGUGCAACAUAUGUUUAUAUAAAUAUAAUUCAGGUAACUAGAAUAAUUUUCUUAAAAUCUGAGCAAAAUUAGUGUGCCUAAGUACACUUUUUCUUGAGGUCGAAAUAAUUUCUCGUUUACUUUUCCACCAGAAAAAGAUUACCUUUGCUUUGUAAAGAUAAUAUUGUGCUAAUAGGGUUGUGCUUUUUAACGUUAUAUUUUAGGUCAUUAGGUUUUUUUGUUAAGGAAAUGCUCACUUAUGGUACUUACUUAUUCAUAGAAAGGCAAUAAUAUGUGGUGCCCAAUGAUAUUACUUCAUUAAAAUAUUUUUUUAUUGAAUAGGUAUAUUAUGAAAAUAAAUGCCAUAAUUAAUAUGCAAUAUUAUUACAAUUAGAAUUUAAGAGUUUAUUCCCACUUUUUUUGUAUUAUUGUGUGUACUAGGAAUGAUAUCAGCUGUCGUAAAAUAAAAGGCUUAUAGAUACAUAUUAUAUUAUCUAAGACAUAUAUCUAUCUAUCUAUAUAAUAAUAUAAUGCUUAUCUUAUUAUAUUUCUUUAUUGGGUAAAUGUGAUUUUUGGUGAAGAGUUUUGGCGAGAUAUCAUAAUAUUGGACAUGUAGGUAUAUUAUAUAUUUAGAUAAUAUUAUCUUACUGGUAAAUAUUUCUAUAAAAUAAUGCCUUAUGGCCAAAAUUGUAUGUGAUAGUAAUUAGAUUAAUAAUGUAAUUUGAAAUUUUGUAUGUCUUUUGUUUAGAAUAAAAAUUCACAAGUGCUGUAAUGCAAUAAAUGUCUGUCUGAAACGGUGGUAGAAUUAGAGUGAUGUUUCAAAUAAUAGAUUGCUGUCACCUGGGACUAGAUAAUUAAUGGCACAAAUUGUUAAUAUUUUUCCUCAUACCAUUAUUGGUUUUAUUUUUAUUCCGGUGAUCAAAGAUAGUUUUUUUUUUUUCAAUUUUGUCCUUAAGAAAAUAGUACAAUCUAUAAGCAAAAGUUGUUAUAAAAAAUGCUUUAGACUAAUAUUUUUUGAAACUGCUUCAUUUGUUGAAAUAGCUACAAAUUACAAUAUCUGUAAUAAACAAGAUAUAAUACUUAGCUACACAAAAUUGAAUGAAUUGUAAAAGUAUUUAAAAAGUGUCUAGCUAAUUAAAAAAUCAUGGUCACCAAUAUAGAAUAGUUAAAUGAAACCAUAAAUUAAUGACGCUGAAAAUUAAAAAAAUGUAACAUUGAAGCAAUGUCAGUAUUUAAUUCGCUACAAGCAAGUAUUUAUGCUUACCGAUCUAUAAUACAAAAAUAAUCUGAUGUGAAAUGUAUUUGUGUUAAAAUAAAUUUUGUUCAUGAUUUGAAUUGUCAUAUUGCCUACCGAAAUCGGCAAGUGCCCUCGAGACAUGGUAUGCCCCAGAUCGGCGUGAUUUUGGCGCGCACGCAGCGUUUUGUCAAUGCGUAUUAAUAUGAAUGUAUCUGAAAGCUAUUAAAACAAGCUAUGAGACCAUGCAAAAUAAACCAUCUUAUAAACAAAAUAAGCGUCAGAACUUGGUGAGGGAAUAGUGUGCCGUACGGCACUUUAGAUUUUCGUGUAUCUGAAAAAUCUAGUGCCCUGUGGCACUUUCCGAUUCCGAAGGUUUAGCCUGAAGUAUUUCUGCUAACACAAAGUUCACAUAGUUUAUAGCUGUGUAUUCUUCUUCUGUGCGAAAAAGGAAGUGUAAAAAUAACUUCAGGUAUUUCUUCUUUAUAGAUAACCUGUUUCCAUCUAUGAAUCUAUAAUGAUUUAUAAAUUAAUUGUGUUGAAUGGCUCAGAAUGUUAGAUGAUAAAUUAAGAAAAUUUAAGUUUGGUUUAAGUAUAAAGGAUGUAUCCAAAUUAGAUUAAUAACGCUCAAUUUCUACAGAUUAAUUAUUAAAUCUAAUUUUAAAGUAUUGUUACAUUUUAGUCACAAAUUAUACAAUAUUUUUUUAUAUUUUGUAAAUAAUAAAGAUUCAAUAAAAAAUAUGAUUUAA